UAAAGAAUGUAGUAAACUGUAUGUACUGGUGUAAAAAUGUCGUUUAACUUAAUGACAAUAAUUAAAUACAUAGAAUAAAGUUCGGUAGUUUCAAUAUACAAAAUGGUUCAUCCUAGAGACAUCUUAAGGAGUGACUCUAACGAUGGGGCGAGUCAGUUUUCGGCACCUAUUGAAAAAUUAUCAGGAAAUCCUGUAGACUGCGGUCUGUCAGUUUUUCCUUGCCUGAAUCGAUGGAUCAAUUUAGAAAGAUUUGCCAAAAUCGGAGUUCUUCUUUACAUACUAAUACAUAUCGGUGUGAUACAAGGUGCACUAUUUUCUUAUUUUCAAGGAACUUCAACCAUUUGGAAAAGACAACAUGGACUACCUGAUAAUUCUCUUGAAUGGUUCCUCAAAUUGGAUGAAAUUCUUUGUGGUGUCUUAGCUUUAACCGUAUCCUAUUGGGCAAACAGGAUCCACAGGGCAUCAUGGAUCGGAGGUCUUACAAUUUUUCAAUCAAUUAUGGGUCUCUUGCUUAUAGUCCCUGAAGUAUUUUAUCCCUUUCAUGGGCAAGUAUUCCCGAAAGACGAUAAUAAUUUAUGCUCAACAACCCUCAAUGCUACCACAAUAAACGAGACUGCAGGCGCUUUUAACGAAGUUGCAAUUGGUGUUCUCUUCUUUUAUCAAACAUUUUCUGCAUUGGGAAAAGUAGCUCUUUACGCCAUUACAAUUUCUUACAUAGACGAUAGCGUUGAGAUGAAAAAUAGUCCAAUUUUCAUAGCUGUUGUACUAGCUUCCAGGGAAGUGGGUAAACAAGUAGGGAUGAACUUAUCAUGGACAGUGGUGUCAAAAGAGUCCGCUCGUGUAUUUUUAGCGCCAGCAUUUCUUGUUAUGUCAAUAUUUCUGUUCAUAUCUGGGACUUUAAUCGCUAUGUUCCCAAAAAGCUUACCUAGUGUACUGCUAAAGAAAGCUGUUGCAUCAAUACUAGAUGUAGCUAAUGGUGUCGAACCAGCAGAAGAAACGGAAGCAGACGAUGGUUUCUUUAAAACCAUAUGGAGAAUACUCAGAAAUAAAAUAUUAAUUGUCAACGUUCUCACCUCAGCUGUCAUAUUUUCUGCCAUGGUCAAUUACGACUUAAUGCGACCAAUAUUUUACGAAUCGUAUUUCUAUCUUCCGAAAGAAAGUUUCGACCUUUCUGGCUACAACGACCCGUGGCUAUCGCAAAUAACUACAAAUUUGAUAAAACAACCCUUCAUGGCACUUUCAAUUGUACUAACUGGCUUCUUCAUAUCAAAAGUCAAACCGCAAGCAAAAUCUUUGGCGUUAUGGAACGGGAAAGCGCUCGGUUUUACCAUAAUCACAUUCGGAUCUUUAGCUUUCUAUAAUUGUGACAAAUCACUCCAAACUGAACUUGGAGAUAGAAUAACAACGCCAUUCUGCAGCAGUAGAUGUAUUUGUUCUGAAGAAAUUUUAUUUUCACCAGUUUGUUCGGAAAUUGGUCAGACCACCUACUUCUCAGCAUGCCACGCUGGGUGCACCACUGUUGAAAACGUCAAUGGCAUAAAGAUAUUUGGAAAUUGCACCUGUGGUAGUAAUAUCCACACGUAUGUGGACACAAAGGCAACUUUAGGAUCUUGCAAUAAAAAUUGCCAAACCUUUUGGGGUGUUUCUCAAGCUAAUGACAUUAUAGCAGCUGGGUUCCUAGCAUCUACCAUCAUCACUUCGAUCAUGAUAAGUUUGAGAUGCGUCAAUUCCGUUGAUAAAUGUGUAGCAUUAGGAUUUCAUAUCACUUUCCUUGGAAUCAUACCGUACAUACCAUUCCGAAUAGUGUAUUUGGUUGUGGCCGAUUUGUUCUGCCAGUACAGAGCAUCCAAUGGAGUUUGUAGAUUACAUUCGCAAGGACUUGGAAUAUUUCUGACUGCAACAACCGUCGCUUUGUUGAUUAUCGCAAUUUUAUUGAGUAUAUUGCUUUGUAUAUUUGUGAGAAAGCUGGAACUCUACAAAGACCUUAAAGAUGAUAAAGACAACAACAGGGUAAAUGAUGAGGAACUGGAAGAAUUAGAAAGCAGAAGAGAUAACCACAGCAGGGAUUACUUGUUUAGAACAUCCUCGCCCUCAACAAACGGUAAUCAGGAUUCACGAUUAAAGGAUUUCAGUCCGGUAUCAUCAGCUAUUCCUGAAGAUGAUAUAAGAGAAUAUAGCAAUAAUAAUAACAAUAACAAUCUUGAAAUAAACCGGUUAAUUACUGCUGAACCUGAACGGUUAGACUUCUCCCUCGCGAAAGGACUUCCACUAGUAAAGACCAACAUUGAGGCAGAAGUACACUCAAACCCUCAAGGCAGCGACGACGAAAGUUUCAAAACAACAACUGAUAAUAUCACAACAAAAAACAAUGACAGUAAAGCAAAUUCAAUUUUAGAAUCUGACUUCUAACUUAUGCUUUAAUAAUAUGUAAUUAAAUAAACUAUUACAAUGUACCUUAUAGUUACUAUGUAAAUUUUAGCAGUUUUUUUACAUUUCGUACUGAAUAAAGAAAUUACGGAGCGGCAAA